AUGUCUAGGCAUCGAUAUGUUCGUAAUUUAGAUAUUGAGGAAGGUAUGUUUGUUCUAAGUGUGCAUUUCUUGAGAAUAAAUCCGAUUUUAUUUGUAUCUAAUAAGUUAUUCUUGAUUUUCAUCGACAUUUCCCGUUUAGAGCUUCUCGAGGAUGAAGACCGAGAUUAUUAUGGAAAGUCUUUGGAAGAUGAAGUCCCGAUGUCGCCCAGCACUUGUAAUUCUGUUCUGCAUUUUUUAUUUUCGUAUUUUAGCUCAAUUUAUCUACCACAGAAAUCGAAUAAGCAGUCAGAGUACAGAAAAGCCAAUUAUCGAAGAAGACGAUAACUAUUCGGAUGACUAUGAUGAUGACCAAGACAUGUUUGAUAUGGAUGAUGGUAUUUAUCGUCCUUUUUUACUUCAUUUCUUUUAGUCAGUUUUAAACCGAAGAAUAACGCUAAGAAAAAUGCGCAGAAGCAAGCAGCGAAGCCUGCUGUAUCGCAAAAGCAGGAACAACAGAAAGCUCCUCCAGUUCAGCCAAAAAAGCCAGCCUUGCCAGCCGUUGAAAGUCUGAAGAUAACGAAUACAAAGAAAACGGUAAGAGAUACCUCCAAAAGUCCGUUACGUAUCGCUCCAAAUGCAAGUGUCCAGAAGUUGAAUGUCUUUGAGAUCGCCUUGAAUACACAACCUGUUUAUAAGUGAGUAAUCUAUAUGUAAGCAUGCUUUGUUUAGAACUCGCGAAAGACCUUCCACUGACAAGGAUAAUAUUAGCUUGGUGAUAGCUGGGCAUGUCGAUGCGGGUAAAAGCACAUUGGUGGGGCAUCUGCUUUACUUGGUAUGUAUAAUUGCUUUGUGACGUAUCUUUGCAGCUUGGUCAUGUCGAUGAAAAGUCCAUGAAGAAUUUCAAACAACAAUCCGCGAGGUCCGGUAAAUCUUCUUUUGCUUAUGCCUGGAUUCUGGACGAGACAGAAGAAGAACGACUACGUGGAGUGACAAUGGAUAUUGCUCAUGCGAAUUUUGACACCCGAAACAAACGGUUUAAUAUCCUUGAUGCCCCAGGGCAUAAAGACUUUAUUCCAAAUAUGAUUACUGGAGCUGCCCAGGCGGAUGCUGCUCUUCUGGUUGUAAAUGCAUCGAAAGGAGAAUUUGAGACCGGAUUUGACUUGGGAGGACAGACUCGGGAACAUGCAUUAUUGCUCAGAUCACUGGGAGUUCAACAAAUUGUGGUAGCCUUGAAUAAAAUGGAUGCUGUGGAAUGGAGUGAGGAAAGAUUUAAUGAGAUCAAGGAAGUCCUCUCUUUGUUCUUGAAGAAACAGGCUGGAUUUAAUCAUAUCAAAUUCGUUCCUUUGAGUGCUUAUGAAGGGAUUAAUUUACAUACGAAGCCGCCCGCAGGUCAUAAAUUAUUGAGUUGGUACAAGGGCGAUUGCCUGGUCGAAGUUCUUGGUGAGUUAUCUGAUUUAUUUUAUAAAUUUUGUAGAUAAACUUGAGCCACCGCCAAGGGCCGAAGACAAACCGAUGAGGGUGAUCAUCAAUGACGUGUUCAAAUCUACUGGCAAUUCUAUUGUUCUCCAGGGGAAAAUUGAAAGUGGAUUUGUGGAGGUCGGGGCAAAGGUUUAUAUCAUGCCUAACUGUGAAUUGGCCACAGUAAAAUGUAGGAAUAUUUUUUUACUUUUUUUGAAAAGCUACCUUCGGAAAAUUACAACCCUAUUUUAGCCGUGAAUUCGUCGGACAAAGGUGCUGGUCAUCAACAAUUUACUUCACUCUCAGAAGUUUGUUUUGCUGGAGAAAACAUUGUUCUAACUUUAUCUGGAACGUUCGAACCGGAGUCGGUUUCUCCAGGAAUGGUUAUCUGCCGAGGAGGAAACGAGUUGCUAAUACCUGCCAAGUAUUUAGUAGUUAAAUUAGUACUUUUUGAGACCGCACUUCCGCUCUUAAAAGGUAGUAAAGCGGAACUCCAUUCCCACGCCCUUCGAGUACCUUGCACAGUGCUGAAACUGAGAAGUAUUGUAAACAAACAGACUGGAGAAGUAAUUAAAGCUAAUCCGCGGUAAGUUUAUUUUGUCAUCUUGUGUUUUAUUUGAUGUCUUGUCAUAUUUUUAGAGUAAUUACAAAGGGUAUGAGUGCUAUAGUGGACCUGGUAAUGGAGCAUCCAGUCUGUCUUGAGCCAUUCGCCAAGUCCAGGACUUUGGGACGGGUCAGUUUACGAGUAAAUGGUCGCACAAUUGCUGCCGGCGUCGUUGAUCAGGUUUCCAGAUAA